CCACUCCGCGGGCGCCGGUACGCAGAAACCUCGAGUCCCGACCCGAGAGGCGGAGAGGAUGAGUGCUGCUUGGCACCUUCUCCGACUCACACGUGUCACGAUGAACACGUGUCCACCCACCUCCCUGACCUCCCCUCCCCUCUCCUCUCCUCUUCAGAAGGCGUCGUCCGCCCCGCGCCGGGCGCGAGAUGGAGUCCAAGGCGGUCGUCAAUCCCCCAGAAGCCAAUCUGCCGGUGGUGGUAGAGAAGUCCGGCGGCGGGGGUCGGUGGGACCAGGUGCGGUCCGCCGUGCUCCGCCGGGGAUGGAGCCUUGGCAAGAAGGUGGCCAUCGCCGGGGCGGCCAUCUCCUGCGCCCCCGUGGUGAUCCCUCCGUUGCUCUUCUUCUCCACCCUCGGCUUAGCCGUCGCCUUUCCCUUCGGCGUCUACCUCGCCAGCUUCGCCUACACCGAUCUUCUCAUGAGGUCCCUUCUUCCUCCCCCUCCCCAAGAAAAAGAACAAGAAGAAGAAGAAGAAUUCUUCGAACCAGAGGAGGAGAUGGAAAGUGAAGGAGAGAAGACAGAAGUAGAAGAAGAGAAGGAGAAGGAAGAAGAAAAUGUGCCGCAGUUAGAUCAUGACAUCGAGGAGAAAGGGGAUGGAGGGGUGGUGGAAGAAGAGAGACAAAUGGAGGAAGCGGGGAUGGGUAAGGGAAAGGAAUUGGUGGAGGAUAAUAAGGAAGAAGAAUGCGGAGGUGGUACGCUUUUUUAUGAUGAGGACAUGAGGAAAGAUUUUGCUGUGAAUCUUGUGCCUGUAGAGCUUGUUUGUGCGGAUGAUAGAUAUUCAUCUGAAGUUUUCGAAGAUAGGAAUCGGGUCGAGAUAGUGACAGAAGAGCAACUAAUGGAAGAGAUGAAGAUGCCAGAGGAAAUACUAGUGGAGAAUGAGAAGAAUCAAGAAGAUAAAGUGGAAGGUACUGCUCAGGGCCUGCCGCCAACUGCUUUUCCUUUUGACUCUGUAGCUCCUUUGGAGAAGGAGAUCGAGCCGAGUUCACAGUAUGCUUCUGCUGACGAGGUUGGUGGCGCUAGGCUGGGUGCUGAGACUGGUGGAGAAGAGAUGGAGGAAGAAAUGGGUGGUGGAGAGCAAAUGGAAGCAGAGGCAGAGGUGAAAGAAGAAGAGGGAUUGGAUGCUGCUGCACCGAAGAGCAAGGAGUCAGUGCCAAGUGCUGAUGAAGUAUUGGAGGACCGUGAGGUUGAGAUCGUGCCAAGCUUGGAGCAUGCAUCUGAUGCUAAGGAUGGUGGGGAUACAGGAGAUAGAGGAUUAGUGAGACAGAAAAGUGGAGUAGAAGAGAAGGGAAGGAAUGAAGGUGGUGUGGAUUCUACUGCUCAAGAAGUGCCACCAAGUGUUGAUCCUUCUUUGGUAGUGGUGCCACAAGAUACACCAAUGGAAGAAAUGGGGAUGGAAGAGGAAUUAGGAGCAGAACAGAAGGUAAAGAAUGAGGAUAUUGUGUGUUUUGCUCUGGAACAUGAGAGUAAAAUAAAACAGUCCAGUUUGAGCCUCGUGUAUGGGUCGAAAUUUGAGAAGGGGUAUGAAGGGGCUGUUGGCAUUUUGGAAGAAGAGAUACCAACUGAAGAACUAGGGCUAGGAGAAGCAUAUGCAGUUGAGGAGAUGGGGGAUGAAGGAGUUGGGAUCAAGGAAGAAGAAAAACUGACUGAAGUAGGGUUACCGGAAGCAUAUGUAGUCGAGGAGGAGGGGUAUGAAGGAAAUGUUGGCAUUACAGAAGAAGAGAAACUGACCGAAGAAGUUGCAUUUGGAGAUGCAUAUGCAGUUGACAAGGGAUAUGGGAGGGAUGUUGGCAUUCUGGAAGAAGAGAAACCAAGAGAAGAUGUAGGGUUAGGAGAAGCAUAUGCAUUCGAGUAUAAGGAUGAAGGGGAUGUUGGCAAAAUGGAAGAAGAGAAACAGACUAAAGAAGUAGGAUUAGGAGAAGCAUGUGUAAUUGAAGAGAAGGGGUAUAGAGGGGAUGUUGGCAUGAUGGAAGAAGAGAAACCAACUGAAGAAGUAGGGUUAGGAGUAGCUACUGCAGUUGAGGAGAAGACGUAUGAAGCUGAUAUUGGCAUAACCGAAGAAAAGAAACCUACUGAAGAAGUAGGGUUAUUAGAAGCAUCUGCAGUUGAGAAGAAGGGUAAUCAAGGUGAUGUUGGCUUAGUGGAAGACAAAAAGCUGACUGAAGAAGGGGGUUUAGAAGAAGAAAGAGAGGAGAAGGGAAAGGAAGAUGAGCGUGUAGACUGUGCUGAUUUUGAGAGUGAGAAUCUGUUGCCUAGUGCUUAUCCUUCUGAGGCUGUUGCACCAGAGGCAAGCAAGAAUGAGAUUGAGCAAAGCUUGGAGUUUGCAGCUGAUGUUAAGGAAGGUGGUAAUAGAGGAAGUAUAGGAUUGAUGGAAGAAGAGAAACCAGUUGAACAGAUAGAGGUGAGAGAGGAAAUCACAGCAGAAGAGAAGGGUAGGAAAGAAGAUGAUGUGGAUGCUAGCACUCAGAAACCGCCACAGAAUGUUUAUCCUUUUAAUAAUGCGGUUCUGGAAGAGCAUGAAGAUUCUGUGAAGCCAAGUAGCUUGAGCUCAGAAUGUCCAUCCAUGUUCAAGGGGAACGGAUAUGGAGUGUGUGUUGAAACUGUUGAAGAAGGGAAACUGACUGAAGGGGCUGAGCUGAGAAAAGAAAUAGAAGAGGUCCAGAAAGGAGAAGAGGCUGUAGAUACUUCUGCACUUGAGAGUGAGAAACUGUUGCCUAGUGGCUAUGCUUCUGUCGCUGCUCUGCUAGAGGAGUGCAAGGCUGAGACUGAGCCAAUCUCACAACUUGCAUGUGAUGUUAAGAAUAGUGGAAAUAAAGGAGGUAUAGGAUUGGUGGGAGAAGAGAAACUGUUGGAAGAAAUGGAUGAGAGAGAAGGAAAAGGAUUAGAAGAGAACGAAUAUACUGCGGGUGCUGCUUCUCAGGGAUUUUCCCAGUGUGUUUAUCCUUCUGUUGGUGAGGUACUGGAAGAGCAUAUGAAUCAAGUGAAGCAAUCUAAUCGAAGCUCAGAGUUUGCAUCUGUGAUCAAGGAGAAAGGACAUGAAGGGGAAGUUGAGAUGAUAGAAGAAAAGAAACCAACUGAAGGCAUGCAUUUGGGAGAAGAAAGACAAAGAGAAGCUAAGGAAGAAGAGUGUGUAGAUACUGCUGCCAUGGAGACUGAGAAAUUAUCUCCUAGAGCUUAUCUUUCAGAGUCUGUUGCAUCAGAGGUGUGUGAAGUUGAAAUUGAGCUAUCCAGUUUGAGUUCAGAGUAUGCAUCUUUUGUCAAGGACGACGGAGAAGGAAUAGGUAUUAAGCUAGUGGAAGAAGUGCAACCAACAGAGGAGGAAAUGAUAAUGGAAGAAAAAAAAGAAGCUGAAAACAAGGUGAUGAAACAAGAGGGCGUGGGAGCUGAGAACAAGGAGCAGCUGCAGAAUGCUGAGCAUUUUGUGGAUGUUGUUUCUACAGAGCAGAAGAUUGAAACCGAGCAAUCUGGUGUGAGCUUGUGCGAUCCAUCUGUGGUCAAACAGAACGAGGAUGGGGACUGUAUAGAGGUCUUGGAAGAAAAAAUCCUACUGUCAAAUGAAGCAGGGAUGAGAGAAGAAAGAGAAGUGCUAGUGGAGGGAAAGGAAGAAGAUGGUGACAAUGCUGCUGCCCCAAAGAAUGAUGGAGCAGUAAGCAGUGCUGAUGGUGCUGUUGCUGUUGUUGCUAUGGAGAUCAAGGGUGAGAGUGAACCAUCUGGUUUCAAUUCAGAGUAUCUACCUGCUGUUGAAUAUCAGUCUUUGGAUAUGGCAGAGACUGAAAGCCGAUCUUCCAUCGAGCAUGGUUUGGACCUCAGUCCUGGACCGAAAGCGGUAGCUGUGGAUACAGAGGUCCCAGUGUCUUCUGAUGGUGAGGGUUUAUACAGUGAGGAUAAGCUUUGGGAACAAAUCUUUGCAAUUCGGACCAUAAUGGGUUAUAAGGCUGCUUUGCAGCUAUCACUUGUAGAGGAACUCAGGGCUCUUUUCUUCGUCACUGGAGUAAAGCCACCUGCUUCAAUGAAGGGCGACUCAGAUCUUGUGGAGCUCAAUGAAAUGUUGCGAUUCCUGAAGUCUGUGAUUGGGGUUCAAUAAAGUCAGCAGCAGCCUUUGAUGCCUUUUAAUGUACUUGAGACAUAGUUAUGUCGUAAUUAGCAGAUACUUGGAAAAGUAUGAGAAAGUCUCGUUAUCAUAUAAUAUAUGAGAACUUUCGCUUUUUAAAAUGAUAUUGUUAUAUAAAUAUUAUGGUAUCAGACCGUAUUAAGACUAAUAUAGUUUGAGUUGAUAGAUAACUAAACAGACUGAACUCAGCUGCUCUAUUUAAGUGUUGCAAUAAUGUAGCCACUGCGAAGA